AAAAGAUAAAUGGACAGAGAACAAUGGGUUCUUUACUGGGUCUAAGCACCCAUACUCUCAAAUCCAAGACUUCAAAGUCAGUUUCAGAUGUCCUGGCUUGUUACUUGCUUGUAAAGAGCCUGUAAGUAAAUUUCUAAUUCAUAAACCUCUAGAUAAGAUCAUUAAAAGGUGAAAUUUGGUGCUAAACCUUGUUCUAGUCUCUAGAGUACCAGCUGAGCUCCAGGGUGCUGGUAACAUAGAUGCUACUUUCUGUCCACUUCUAUAUAUUUUUUUUAACCUCUUUUAAAAUAAAAUACUCUUACUGGUUAAUUUCUUCAUUUUGCACUAACUUAUGCUGUUCCCUUUUCUACACAGCUGCAACAUAAUGUUGUUUCAGUAGAGCAAUGCUUUGCAAAUUUGGCUCAAGGAGACAAUGAGCAAACAGCUUUUCAGAGAGCUGUCAGAAGGGGCAGUUUGGUUUCCAUGCAAGCAAUACUCACAUUCCAAACUGCAUUAGGGAAAAGCUGGUGGGUUUGUAUGCAUUUUUAUUAUCAAUUCCAGAUUAGGAAUCUGAUGCUAAUUUCUUCUUAAAGCCUGUGCUUGCAGGAGAAUUUAUAUUCUAAAACAAAAAAGGAUUGUGACGUUUUUCUCUCACAAGCUCUUUUUUUUUUGCCCUGGCUUUACUCCAAGGACCUUUUCUGCUUGUUCGUUACAUUCUCAAGAUGAAGCCCCCGGUGGUUACAGCAGUGCUGGUAGUACUGGUGCAGGUUUCUCAGAGUUUCCCUGCCUUGUACCACCGAGGCUGGUGGAGGCUCUUAAAGGAAGGAGAUAGCUGUGGAAAAUGUGAUUUGGCACUUUGCUCUGAGCCAAAAGACUGUCUGGCUGGGACCGUAGUGGACCACUGUGGCUGCUGUUCUGAAUGUGGGAAUGUGGAAGGUCAGAUCUGUGACUUGGACCAGGGCAAUCAUUUUUAUGGGCAGUGUGGGGAUAACCUCGAGUGCAGGUUGGAUGCCGAUGAAGCCAGGUUUGGGGAAGUCCCUGAACCCCAGUGUGUGUGCAAGUCUCAAGAAAGCAUCUGCGGAUCUGAUGGGAAAACCUAUGAGAACAUCUGUCAAUUCAACAAGGCUUAUGCAACUAAAAGAAAUAUCAGCAUGAAACACAAAGGACCAUGUGAAUCAGCUCCUGUGAUUUCUAUGCCACCCCAAGAUGUCCAGAAUUUCACAGGCAACGAUGUCAUUUUUGGCUGUGAGGUGUCAGCCUAUCCUAUGCCACACCUUGAAUGGAAAAAAAAGGGGAAUAAAAUGUUUUUACCAGGAGAUGACGCCCACAUCUCAGUUCAGGCCAGAGGUGGACCUCAGAAGUAUGGUGUGACUGGCUGGCUGCAGAUUCAAGGCCUCAAAAAAUCAGAUGAAGGCACCUACAUCUGCCAUACCAAAAACAAGUAUGGUGCAACAUACGCCUCUGCGAGAUUGAAAGUCAUUGAAGGUUCACCUUCUGCUUUUGCCUUAACUGCUGGCAGUAGAAGUGCAAGCUAUGACACUGACUAUGAGGACUACUAUGGCCAUUCUGACGAUGAGGAUGAGGAAGAAUAUGAAUCUGGGGACUAUGAAAACUGAAACAGCCCUGAAUAACUAUUUCUGUACGUGUGUUGUCAGACACCUUUCACACUGUUAUAUUUACUUGUACUCCCUAUGCUGUAAAUAGCUUCUCUGAUAACACUACACUCAUGUGUGCAUCCCACCUCCUUGAAAUCCAGCUUUGGCUGAAGUGUAUCAUGAUACUUACCUGAAAUAAGAACAGUUUGAAGUUCACACAUUUAGACUGUUCAAUAAAAUUCUUAAGCACGUACCCAGUAAGUGCCCUGAAAGGAUCCAAUUUAAUAUUAAUUUUUUUAAAUGUAUAUUAUUCUAUAAUUUCUUUAACAUUUUUAAUUUUUUCUAACAACAAAAAAAAUGCCAGCAGUUAAACUAAAUGUCUAAUUUGUACCACUGUCCUAUUUUUAUUUAUAUAUGUGCCAGACACAUGGAGAACCGGUAUUUGGGACCAGCAGUAAAUUAAUGAGAGACUUCAGCAACAAGUAAGGGAGCAAGAGUUCAGGCACCUCAAUUUUAACCCUCAUUAUUUGUAAUCUUCUUUAUCAAAUGCACCAAAACACGCAGUGAUUGCUGCACACACCUUGCAGAGUGUUUAAAAUGUAUAUACACUGCAUCACAAACACCUCCAUUAAUGCUGUGCUGCUUUGUGCUUUUCUUUGCCAUGAGACAUUUUUCUUCAAUAUAAACUACAUCAGGAGAUUGGCCAUAGACUGCGUUUGCCCCGAGGUAUUAUUGAUCUUUGUACAGGUAAGAAAAGAGCAUAGAAUAAUUUAUUUUGGCUCAGAGUUCCUGGAAUAUUGUCAACUUACAAUACAAAGCACAGCACUAGGUCAUUGCAAAGAUUAGUUAGUUUUAAUUAGAGGUAUCAAAUGACUUCAGAUUUAAUCACUGAUUUUGCUGUUACAGGCUCUUCCUGGUCUUCUUAGUGUUAUGUCUAGUAAGCUUUUUGUUUAUUCACUGUGUAAUGCUUUUAACAUAAAAUUGUCUGGUAGGAAUCACUGUAUUUCUAAAUGGAUGAUUGUUAAUGUAACUAUUUAAUCUUCAGACAUAUGCUCAAGAUCAAUUGCAAUCUGUGCUACAAAUGAAUGAAUUAGAUUAGUAAAGCACCCACUAAAUUGUGGGCAUGAAUACUGUGGCAGGGUUACAGCGUGGCACAGCAAAAUAAUCCUGAAAUCAUCAGCCAUAGAGAAUUACCAGUGGUAAUUCCUCAGGGCCUUCUGCCAUUACUGGUGAAAAGUGAAAAGGAGAAGAAAAACAAACAGUAGUUGAAUGAAAAAAUGUGUAGCAGAACCAUAUCCAGUAACAGGCUGCAACUGGUUGGGUGGGUGGACUAUGUCUAUUGAAAAAGCCUAACCUUUCUAUAACAAAGCCUUCUAAUUUUUAAAUCCAUUGCAUUUAUCUCCAAGAGUUUCUUUUUUUAAAAUGUAUUUAGUCUUUACUUGUCAAUUGAAUUUAAUCAUUUCUUGUCAAUUACUUGCUAUACCUUCCAAUGGGAAAACUGCAUGUUAGGGAAAACCCUGAUGUAAUGCAGGGGAAAGAAAAACAAAAAGAAAAAAAAAGAACAUUGAUAUCCUGACCAUUUGCUAAUUCUGGUUUUGCGGAGCCAAAAAAUGGCUGACUUUGUUUACAUGCUUUAAUCAGGUCCCUUAAAAUUAAAUUACAAAAAGGGCAGAGAGGAUUCAACCCUCUGUAAGCAGCACUGCAAAGGAAUGGCUCUAAUUGUGAGUGCACUGCCUGCAGCAACAGAUCUAUUCACAUAAUGCAAAGUCACAGCAAACUGAGGAAGUGGGCGUUAUUCCACCCAGCAGCAAAUGAGAUGCAGACUUGAGCUGCAAACCAUAGUGGAGGGAAAGCUGCAGGGAGGUCUCACUGCUGUAUGUGGUGCGGCAGAUUUAAAACAUUCCUUUAGCUCAACUUCCUCGGAAGAAGAAAUUAUUUUGUUUUCAUCUUCCAUAAGAGCAAGAUUGAAUUUCAUGGCACGGCCUCCUCCCGUCAGUGCCUGUCACACAAGCAUCUUCUCCGUGCCAUUUCCACCUCCCAAGUAAGGAUAAAGGAACUGCAUGAAAGCUUCUAAAUAAAUUACAUUCCUUAACACAGAUUUGUCCUUAGUGCUAGGACUUUGACACGGUCUGAAGCAGCUUCACAGUCUGACAUUCUUACUUGCUAUGUUAAAUCUCAGGAGCUUGUUAGGUAUUAGUCUAGGAAUCUGUUAAUUCUUUAGCUAGACUUUUUUUUUUGCCUUUGAAAUAAUCAGUCUGUCGUUAACAGAAAUUGCAUACAGAAGUGCAAUUGCCCACAUCUGAGAGAUUUAAAUGAUUACAUUGAUUAAACCUAGGAAGAAAUAGUCACAGUCAUGCUGUGCAUGCUGCAGAGCGAGCACCACUUGUGUGCCUUGUGGUACGAGCUUUGUGCUUCCAGCUUCUAUCUGUGUUCACCUGCUGGACCAGAACUGGGACCAAGGCUGAUGAGAUACGGGCGGAUGUCUCUGGGUAAGAGGCUGCUCAGUGCUGCACAAGGCACAAGCUCCUUCAUGCUCAGCAGCCUGCAGUGUCCUUAGCCUGUGCACAGCUUUUCAACUGCUAAACUUAUUAACCUCAUUUCUUCAUGUCUUUGCACAAUGUAGUGGCACAGCAUACGUAAUGGCCCAUCACCUGGAGCAGGAGUCACAGUAAGUGCUAGAACUGAAACUAGUCUUUGGGUCAACGUCUUGAAAGGCUGUGUAAGAACUUGCUGGCUUUCUGACCUACAUCAGCAAGCUGCUUCUGGCUCUUCAGGCACUUCAUGAAUCUACAGCAUUUGAAAAUCUCCCACAGCUGCCACAUCAUAACUUAUGGCUGACUUUCCUCACCCCCCACGUCACUGUUUCAUUCCAUAUUCCUCAGCCUUGGGGAUCCCUCUGCUAUGAUCUGUUCCCCCAGUUCCCUUUGAAAUCCCUUUGUUUCCCUUCUGCAUAUCGUCAGUCCCUGUUGUUUUUUUUCUGGUCCUCUGGCAUGCUUUUUUACUUUUCCUUUAGUUUAGACAAUGGCUGCAGAUAAAUGAUUCUGCUUCAGCACAGGGUAAGGGAUGAAAAAGGGCGCACUGGACUGAAGAGCAAUAAUUAGGGGACUGAGCAGUCUGAGCUAUUUGACUUUCUGAAGCACCAGCCAGUUGUGAGGGCAUGGGAUCAAGAAACUCCAUUUAAUAGUUUUUCUUUUUCAUUUUGCUUUACUCUCCAGUAAUUAACGAUAUAUUUUCUACAAAAGCAUGUGAUUCAAAGAUAUCAUCAUUCAACUGUGAUAGUUCAUGU